UUUAGAUAACGUGUAAUUGAGAAAAUGAAACACCCACCAGUCACCACUAUAUUAACAAUUCAUCAUAAUUACAAACUACUGGCUUUCUGGGUUUCGCUUCUUCAUCACUUCUCUCUCAUUAUAAAAUUUCAAAAUUACUCCAUAUUCCAUCUCCUUCGUACCGAGAAACUCGAUUUAAGUCAUAAUCAGUAAUCCGUAAUCAGUAAUCAGUAAUUCGAUCGCCAUUUAUAUUGAAAUUCACAAGAUGUGUUGCUGUCCGAGUAAGGUUUGCAUGCUCUGCAUUUGUCUCAUUCUGGUUGUUAUCGCCAUUGGAUUUCUCUUUGGUUUCGGCGUUUUCAAGAAUGGCUUCCACAAAUUGAAGGAUUAAUUUCAUGUUUCUCAGCUUUUGAUUGCCGAUUUCAAUUUUAAUUGCAAUUACAUUGCUCAUCAUUUUCUAAUUUAGAUCUUCAAAUCCUAUGUUAAUUUGUUUUUUCUUUGUUGAAUGGAUUUCUUAGAUCGAAUGAGUA